CUCCAAUGAUGAAACGAGCUGAAGAUUGAUUGAUAGAGAAGAAGGACAGCAAGCAAGCAAAUAGCAAAGCGGCAGUGGGGGGUGGCAAUGACGCCAUUGACGUUGCCUGUGGCCAUCGCCUCCAUCCAUCAUCCCAUCUCUUGGCUCCAAUCAAGAACGGCGCACCCCUCAGAACUCAUACAACUCCAACUUCUACUCAUCUUCCUCCCCUGAAGAGAUCUUGAUUAGCAAUGGCGUCUCGUAUUAACUCCAUGAAUAAGCUCCCCCUUUGCUGCAUACUCAUGGCCACAGCAUUCCUGUUUAUGGUCUUCUCGUCACUUGUCACAGCCUCCCACGAUGAAGCUUCAGUCUUACCACCGUCUGCAGCUUCCCCUGCAGCCCGUACGAGGAAGGUACUGCUUUCUGCAGUGAAGGGUUCUGAUAACAAAGGGCUGAUCCAUGGAAAUGCUGCUGGAGGAGCCAAGGAUGGAGAUCAGGAGGAGCUGAGGUCAGUUCCAUCAGGACCAGACCCUUUGCACCAUAACGGUGGAAGCCCCAAGAAGCCCAGACCUUCUUCCCCUUGAUCUUUGUGAAUGCAGAGUAGGAGAGGCUUUUUGUAGCUAGUGGCUUCAGAUAAUGCUAACUCCCUUUAGUUUUGGGGGGCGGUUUUGAACUAUGUAUCCAUGCAUCUACGUAUCCUUCCUCUGUUUUUCCCCCUCCCCUGUUUUGGGGUUAAUUUUGUUGUAGCAAUUGCUUCUGCAGUUGCCUGUUGAAAUUGUAAUGCAGACGUAAGAAAUGGUAUAAUAUAUUAACUAUUUAC